AUGGCUGAGUACGAAGCGUGCAUCCUUGGGAUCAAGAUGGCAGUCAACAUGAAUAUAAAAGAACUAUUAGUCAUAGUGGAUUCUGAUAUAUUGAUAAAUCAAGUCCAAUGGGAGUGGUCUACCAAAAAUGUCAAGAUCCUUACGUACCUGUACUAUGUAAAAGAGUUAUUCAAGAGGUUCAUGAAGAUUGAAUUCAAGCAUGUUCCCAAGAUCUGGAACGAGUUUGCUGAUGCUCUUGCAACCUUAUCAUCUAUGAUUCAGCAUCUAGAUAAUAAUUAUAUCGACCCUAUCGAGGUAGAGAUCAGGGGUCAAUAUGCGUACAAUUUUCAUGUAGAAGAUCCAUACGGUAAACCAUGGUACCACGACAUCAGAAGAUUCGUAAAAAUAAGAGAAUACCCGGAGAAUGCUACUAAUAGUCAGAAGAGAGCACUUAGGAGGUUGGCAAAUCAUUCUUUCCAUAACAGGGAAGUCAUGUUCCAGAGGACCCAAGACUUGGGUUUGUUGAGAUGUGUGGAUGCCGAUGAAGCAACCAAAUUAUUGGAAGAAAUACAUACAGGAAUGUGCGGAGCCCUCAUGACCGGUUUCACAUUAGCCAAGAAGAUCUUGAGAGCCGGAUACUUUUGGAUGACCGUGGAAAGUGAUAGUAUCCGCAACACGCAGAAGUGUCACCAGUGCUAG